AUGACGGUAGCGACUGAUAAGUUACCAGACUGGGUCCUCGAUGGUGGAUAUCUUCCAAAUUCUGUCAUAAGGAUUGGUAUACGUCGACAAUUGCGUGAGCGUACGGAAAUAAUUAAGACCUCAUCCUUAGAAGAUGCAUAUCAAAAGAAAAUGAAAUACGUUGACCUCCUUCGGACAAGACCUAUAGCCAUCGAGACUGCCACUGCAAACGAACAACAUUAUGAAGUUGGGACUGGUGUUCUACAAGCAUGUUUGGGUCCAAGAAUGAAGUACUCCUGUGCUCUAUACCCAAAAGGAGGAGAAACGUUAGCUCAGGCGGAAAUAGCUAUGCUAGAAAGUUAUGUCAAGAAAGCACAGCUAAAAGAUGGCAUGAGUAUUCUUGACCUCGGGUGUGGUUGGGGAUCUGGAGCCAUUUAUUUUGCUGAGGUCUUUCCAAACUCCAUGAUUACUGCCUUUUCAAACUCUAAAACUCAAAAAAUCUAUAUUGAUAGGAAAGCUGAGGAGAAAGGUCUGAAAAAUCUAACGGUUAUCACUGGAGAUAUUGUUAAUUACGAAUUUGAAAUGAAUACGUUUGAUCGAAUUGUUUCUAUCGAACUAUUUGAGCACAUGAAGAAUUAUGAGUUGCUACUUGCUAAGCUGGGUAGAGCACUUAAAUCGGAAGGAAAACUAUUUGUACACAUAUUUGCUCAUAAGACUAUGCCAUACGAUUUUGAAGAAGGUUGGAUGAGCACACAUUUCUUCUCUGGGGGUACUAUGCCUUCUGCGGACCUCCUCUUAUAUUUUCAGCGCGAUCUCAAACUAGAAAAUCAAUGGUGGGUAUCAGGUAAACACUAUGCCAAGACAUGUGAGGACUGGUUAUCGAAGAUGAUAUCGAGCAAAAAAGAGAUUUGGCCGCAUCUAAUAGAAACAUAUGGAGAAAACGAUGCAGCUAUGUGGUACAAUAGGUGGCAGAUCUUUUAUAUGGCCUGUGCUGAGCUGUUUGCCUAUGAAGGAGGAGAUACCUGGGGUGUGUCGCAUUACCUCUUUGAGAAGCCAAAAGCCAACUAG